ACAAUCGUUCGAAGUUUACUUUUGUUUUCACAACAAUAAUGGCUGUGUGUGUGUCGAUCAUUUGUAAAGAUAACUCGCCGCAAUACAUUGCCUCAUCGGAUUUUGAGAAGGAAUUGGAGCUGCAAUAUCACGUUCACUCAGCAUUGGAUGUCGUUGAAGAGAAAUGUGCUCCAGGCCUGAAACCGACUCAGGACUCUCGCGAUUUAUAUUUGGGAUUGCUGUACUCGACAGAGUCUCAUAGGAUAUACGGAUAUGUGACAAACACCAAACAGAAAUUCAUUAUUGUCAUCGAUUCCAAUUCGGCGCUUCGGGAGAACGAAGUGCGAUCGAUGUUUCGAAAUCUUCAUGUGCUGUAUACCGAUGCUGUGUGCAAUCCAUUUUACACACCUGGAGAACCACUUAAUUCUAAAACAUUCGAUAAAAACGUAAGAAAUAUCAUGGCCGGAAACGCAUAAUGGUCAACAUCAAUACAAUGUGUGUAAAAACGUUAAUAAAAUUGAGAAAUUGAGAAUUUA